UUCCCCCGCUGUGGAGGCAGUUUCUCCCUCUGGCUUUGAGAGUGUUGCUCUUGCAGAAGAGCAUCUGCACGGCGAGCUGAUGAACGAAGAGAUACGUAUCCAUAGCUGGCCCUGUUCUUACUACUUGGACACCAGCAAGCAAUGGCUCUCCGGCAGACUCUCACUGACUCCUGUUGCUAUCAAAUUUACAGCUGACAAAACUGGUGAACUUUUGGUCAGCUUCCACCUUUCUAGUAUCAGUGAGAUCAAGAAAGAAUCUUCAAAUUUAAUCUUUAGUUCCCUCACCAUUUUAGAGAAGAAUACCAAGCACUGGUUCAGUUCUCUCCAACCGAACAGAAAUGUGGUGUUCAACAUCCUUGAGCAUUUCUGGAGGGAGCGGUUACUGUCAAACCAAGUGGCAGGAGCAGAAGCUGGGGCUCUGCAGUCAACAAAAGGAAAGGAACUGACUGGCUUAUUGGCAGGUUCGCAGAAACGGUUGGAGGACACGGCAAAAGUGCUGCAUUAUCAGGGCGAGCAGUUUGAUAACAUCAUGAGAGGACUCAACAAAAUCGAAGGUGAUAUGGAUGUAGCAGACAGGUUGUUGACUGAACUUGAAUCUCCUUCUUGGUGGCCGUUUAGCAGCAAGCUCUGGAAAGCGCCAUUGGAAGCCAAGCCAAAGGAAACUGCCACAGUUUCCGAUUCAAAGAACCAGGAAGGAAUCAUAAUUAGAAUUCCAGUUAUUAUCACCCACAGAACAGACUCAAAUGUCAAGCCAGGAAAACUCACGCUCCUCGCUUCUGGCCUGGAAAUCAGUGACUGCAAUUCUCAGGUCAUUCACCGCUUUGAAUCAAAAGAUGUCGAUGAUAUCAGAGUUCAUACGCCAUAUGAAAUCAGUGUUCGACAGAGAUUUAUUGGUAAGCCUGACACAUCUUACCGGCUGCUGUCAGCAAAGAUGCCAGAAGCAAUUCCGGUCUUGGAGAUGCAGUUUAGCAAGAAGAUACAGUUUUUAGAAGAUGCCCUGGGAUUUGUUGGUGCGAGGAAGUCUCCACAGGUAGAUUUGGGCACCUCUAUUUGGCGAGCAGCCACAGGACUCCUGGGAGGCGUGGUGCAGCCCGGCUCUCCAGUGGGAAGCGAAGAAGGGAUGGACAACGAGCAAGUUCAGCUGCAGAGACAAGAAAAUAUCUCCGAGUCAGAAACAAAAGAGCUGAAGCAGAUCCUAAAGAAACUAAAGGGCCUUGCCUUAGAGACAGAGGCAGAACUGGAGAGACAGGAUGAAGCUCUCGAUUCCAUCACCACCUCUGUAGACCGAGCAACGCUGAAUAUUGACAAGCAGAACCGCAGAAUAAAGAAACUAACAUAGCGGCCGCUUGGGAUGGUGACAUGAAAAAGAGGCGGAUUGGGGAACUGUGUUUUUAAAGACUGUUGAUUUAUAGACACUUUGAUUCUAGGGGAGCUGUUUGCAAUAUUGUCUGGGAUACGAUGCCGCUGAUACGGGGUUUCUGAGAGGGGAGUUGCAAAAAUGUUUCCAGACUUGGGUAACUUUUUGAAGACGGUUUUAGGGUUAAAAAGGCUAAGCUUUUUAAUCAUGGUGAAACAAUGAUAGAGAAUUUCUUACUGUGGAUAAUUGUAAAUACAAAGUGGUGCGGUUUCAUCUGAAUCAAAUUUUAUGCUGUUGUUUUAUGUUAAUGCUUUUGAAAAGCAUGUUUUUAUUUCAACAAAGAAGUGAGAGAGAAAUAAACUGUAUAUGAGACUACUUUAGAUCAUUACGGCCUAUUAAGUCUCUCUCAAGGUCUUUCAUGAAAAUAGCUAAUACCUGUACUAAGGCCCAGAUGUCUAACUGCAAGUCAUUGGGACUUUUAUUUGUAAGUUAAUGCUGAAGCGAGCAAAUGAUGGUGAUAAAACCCUGUGAUCAUUGAACAAAUAGUUUUAAUAGGUUUCAGUCAUGCUUUUAAUGUACCCAGGAAUUUUAUAAGAGUUACAAAGGGUUAGUGGCCAAGGCUUUAUUUUGCCAUGUCCAGGGAAAACAAGAAGAGAUGGAUAGUUAAUGUACAUGUAUUGGCUGAGACAUCUACUUGAUGAGCAGAUUUAGUUGUGUUGCGAUUGGGCAAGUGUUUUGCUUGCUGAAGUCACUUAUUAAAGUAAGUGCCAAAGUUAAAUAUAAGCUUCUCUUUUCCAAAAAGAGGUUGCUGAUUCUUGAUGCUGAUUCUACAGGUUUUUGUCUCCUGCCCUGUUUUAGACCACACAAUUAGUGAAAGAAUUAAUUCUGGAGCAGAGGAAGUCAUUUUCUUCACCAGCACACUUGUUCAGUACAUCUCUUGGAGCUCACUGCAUAUAUUCCUCACUUGCACACAACGGUUUUAUAUUUUUUGAUGCUAGUCUGACAGAUUAUUGCAGUGUCCUCGGAGUGUUUUGAACACAGUGUCUAGUUAUUUUGUUGCCUAAAUACGUUUUUGGAGCUGGGCUGCCACAUUGCUUUUGAUUGUUGAUGGAAGGAUCCUGCUCCCUUUGCUUCCCUGUCCUUCACUUUCCACUGAACUCCCAGUUGUUUAUAUCCAGCCAUUUAGCUGUGGACAUUACAAGGAGCAUUUUUGUGUGUCAACUCCAGAUGCUUAGGUUGACUCCAGGCUAUAGCUGGAGCUGUAGACAUCUGUAUAUCAUUUGGUAGUUGUAGUACAAUCCAUCUGUCUUGCAAUUGUUAUUUAUUUGCACUAACUGGGGAUGAAGUACGUCAGGACUUCUUGUAGACCUGUGUUUGUAAAAGAAAAGGGAAUGGCUAUCAAUUAUUUCAAUAGAUUUCAUUGAGUUUACGGUGAGCUCCCUCUGGGCUACAAACAGUAGAGAUCUUUUCUCCUGCUAACUCACUGGUUACUCUAUAGAAAAGAUUCCAGAUUAUUCAUAUAUUGCCUGUAGCAGAGAACUUGAAAGACAGACUUGCUGGUCAUCUCACAUUUCACUGACUUCUACAGUUUACCAGCUACUUUAGUUCAAAGUAGCUGUUGUAAUCGCUUAAUUCUUUUUUCAGAUAUCUUAAUCUACAAAAUUCUUGUAUUGCUUUCAGAAUAUAACCCAUGACACUCUUGGUGCAAUAUUUUUAAUGAGUAAAGCUUAGAACUGUUUGUUCCACUGCUGGUUGAUAUGAUUUCUUUUUUUCCCCGUUUUCAGAGUAAAACAGCCUACCUUUUAAAGAAAGCUAUAGUAAAUGACAGAGUAUGUUGUUUUCAAGACCUUAUUCUACCUUGCUUUGUAUUACUUCAUAUUAGUCUGUUAGUAUUGGAGUAAAUUGUACUUCUGCACUGCAAGUCCUUCGUUCACAGUCCAAGUUGUUACUGGCAUGCACUAUAUCUAGUUGCUGAAUGUGAUGGUUAUAUAUACAUACACAAUAUGUACUGUGAAAUAAAAUACUGUCUGGGGUUCUAUUUCUUGUUUGUUUCUGAUACCCAAAUCACUGUCGUUUUACUGUGAGAAGAUAAUGUUUACAUAACUAAUUAUUUAAUCUAAAAAAUACACUUUGCACAAGGUAUAUGUUAACUGAACCUGAUGUUGACUGAGAACAGAUCUCUAACUUGAAUUAGUCUAAACCAGGAUUGCCAAAAAUACUAGUUGCACUUAGCUUAGUUUAACUUUCUUUGUGCCAUAACUUUUGUUAUUGUGAGUUUUACCACUAGCUGUUGCAUUUGAUUCUGUACUUUGUGUUAUAUAUUGGUCUAACAGGUCCCUGCUUAAACAAAGUUGUAACAUUGUUUGUAAGAAGUGAACCUUUCUAGAGCUGUGCAUUUGCUGCCUAGCUGAAUUUCAUAUGCUCGGAAUACGUUCAGUCGUAUUAAAUAUCUUGAAAUAGU